GAGAAAUGCUGUUCUUGACAAAACCAAACUUGUUUGGGGUUAGAGAAUGAGGACUGGGGAGGUGAGCUGGACUUGUCUCUUGGUGGGAAACCCAGUCCCUUUCGCUAGAGGGGACUCUUGGUGGGGAGCGAGCCCCUCUUUAGCCCAGGCGACCGAAGCCUGUGGUUCUGAAUAGUGGUAGUGAGGCGGAGCCGAAGCCCUUCCCUGGAGGUCGGAGAAGGGACAGAAAAGUGAAGCUGAGAGGAGAUGAGCUACGUUCACACAAAGUUUUGGUUACUUUGUAUAACACUUAAAAGUAAUUGCCAACUUUUUUUUUUAAGACUGUUUCCGGAGCUUUCUAACAGCGUAGGCUUGGGAUGAGGGUUUGGUUUUGUUUUGUGGAGGAGCGCUUUUGUUUUAUAGGUAAAGCCAACCAACUUGGUGUGAGUAACAUUUUUUUUUAUACUGCAGUUCUCAAGACUGUAGGGAGCUUCCCUUAGUCACAGAUGUAAUCGUCACGUUAAAUAGUGCAGAGUAAGAAAACUGAAGUCAAAGACCAUGGGAGAUGCCGCAAAACCUUAUUUUGUGAAACGCGCUAAAGACCGAGGAACUAUAGAUGAUGAGGAUUUCAGAAGGGCUCACCCCCAGCAAGAUUAUUUAAUAAUGGAUGACUGUGUUAAAGGCCAUAGCAGUAAAAUGGAAAAAGGCCUUCCAAAAAAAAAAUUAACACCAGGGAACUAUGGGAAUACCCCCAGAAAAGGACCAUAUGCUGUUUCCAAUCCCUAUGCAUUUAAAAACCCAAUUUACAGUCAGCCCACUUGGAUGAAAGACAACCACAAAGAUCAGAGUAAGAGAUGGCUCUCUGAUGAACUUGCUGGUAAUUCAGACAGCUGGAGGGAAUUCAAACCGGGACCUAGAAUUCCUGUUCUAAACCGACCAAGAAAAGACUCCUUUCAAGAAAGCGAAGAUGGAUAUAGGUGGCAGGAUGGACGAGGCUGCAGAACUGUAAGACGACUGUUUCAUAAAGACUUGACAAGCCUAGAAACCAUGUCAGAAAUGGAAGCAGGAAGCCCUGAAAACAAGAAGCAGAGAUCCAGACCUCGGAAGCCACGGAGGUCUAGAAAUGAGGAAAAUGAGCAGGACGGAGACUUGGAAGGCCCGGUGAUUGAUGAGUCUGUGCUUUCAAUGAAAGAGCUCCUGGGCUUACAGCAGGCAGAGGAGCGAUUAAAGAGAGACUUCAUUGACAGGCUUAAAAGGCGACCAAGAAACUACCCUACAGCUAAGUACACCUGCAAACUUUGUGAUGUUUUAAUUGAAUCCAUUGCAUUUGCCCAUAAGCAUAUCAAAGAGAAGAGGCACAAGAAAAACAUUAAGGAGAAGCAGGAGGAAGAGUUGCUCACUACGUUACCCCCGCCUACACCCUCCCAGAUAAAUGCAAUUGGUAUUGCCAUUGACAAAGUGGUACAGGAGUUUGGCUUACACAAUGAGAACUUGGAACAGAGACUAGAAAUUAAACGUAUCAUGGAAAAUGUGUUCCAACACAAGUUACCAGAUUGUUCUCUGAGAUUAUAUGGGUCAUCCUGUAGCAGAUUGGGUUUCAGAAAUUCAGAUGUAAACAUCGACAUUCAAUUUCCAGCCAUUAUGUCUCAGCCAGAUGUUCUCUUACUUGUUCAAGAAUGUUUAAAGAACAGUGAGUCUUUUGUUGAUGUUGACGCAGACUUCCAUGCUAGGGUACCAGUGGUGGUGUGCAGAGAAAAGCAAAGUGGUCUUCUUUGUAAAGUGAGCGCAGGAAAUGAAAAUGCUUGUCUGACAACAAACCAUUUAACUGCCCUUGGAAAACUUGAAUCAAAGCUGGUUCCUUUGGUGAUUGCGUUUAGGUACUGGGCAAAGCUUUGCAGCAUAGAUCACCCUGAAGAAGGAGGUUUGCCACCAUACGUGUUCGCCCUGAUGGCCAUUUUCUUUCUGCAACAGAGGAAAGAACCCCUUCUGCCUGUUUAUCUAGGAUCAUGGAUUGAAGGGUUCUCGUUGAACAAACUAGGAAAUUUCAACCUUAAAGAUGUUCAGGAAGACACCGUGGUUUGGGAGUAUGCUGACAAUGCUGCCGGAGAUGCGGAAACAGCAGAACACGAGGCACCAAGAGAAGUGCCUGUGAAGAGGGGACAGGUAUCAUUAAUAUUUGAUUUCAAGCACCAGCCGUCAGUACCAGUUGGGCAGCUCUGGGUGGAAAUGCUUCGAUUCUAUGCAUUAGAAUUUAAUUUGGCUGAUUUAGUGAUAAGUAUCCGUGUCAAAGAAUCAGUGUCUCGUGAAUCCAAGGAUUGGCCCAAAAAGCGCAUUGCCAUUGAAGAUCCCUACUCUGUUAAAAGAAAUGUGGCAAGGACUCUAAAUAAUCAGCCCGUGUUUGAAUAUAUACUUCAUUGUUUAAGGACAACAUAUAAGUAUUUUGCUCUUCCACACAAAAUUACAAAAUCCAGCCUUCCAAAGCCUCUGAAUACUGUCACACGUAUUUCCGAACACCCUAAAGAAGUAGCAAGCGUGGGGGCACGAGCAAAAGGUGAUGAACUCAAAAGCUCAGCUUUGGCUCAAGAGCCAGGUGCUGCCAGUUCAGGUGCGAACACCUGCCAGGUACGGCCACUUACAGAGACUGCUGAAAGCUUUGGAGGCCCCCCAACAGAGGAAAUGGGGCACGCGCAUGUCAGCAUCCACCUGGAAAACUCCAGCCGUAUCAGGACAGGGGCCGGUUGUGAUGGUUGUGAGGAUGUUAAAGCACACCGUCGAGCAGCGGGAAGUAAAGCUGGGAGCGAGGGCAAGCAUCCUUUGCCUGCCGGUGAUCAAGGGCCAAGCAGUAGCAGAUGUGGAGAGCUUGUCCUCCGUGGCGGCACACAAAAUAAGGAGACACAUAACACUUUGGAUGUGGAAGACUUCCACAGUCCUACGGCCGACGAGUGUGAUGGAUUCGUCACCUCGGAGGACAAGGCUGAUGUUGAUGAAGAAGGCGUAGAAGGUCCUGAUGAGCUGGAAGAUGCUCUAGGCCACUUUGCCCCUUCAAGACAGGGUCACGUGUCAAGAAUCAUUCAUUCCGAGGAGGAGGAGGAGGAGGAGGAAGAGGAAGAGGAGGACGAUGAAGAACCCAGGCUGUCCAUUCCCCGGAGGGAAGAUGAGGACGACUUGGCAAAUGAAGAUGAGUUAGAAAAUCCGUACACAGGAUCAGGGGACGAGGACGCCCUGUCUGAGGAGGACGAUGAAUUAGGCGGAUCUGCUAAGUAUAAAGACCUGAAAGAAGAUGGAAAACAUGUGGACGGGGCUCUACUAAUGGAAUUGAAUAAAAUCAGUCUUAAAGAAGAAAAUGCAUGUGAGGAAAGUUGCACUGCAGAUCAGUCUGAUUUCUUCUAUGAAUUUAGUAAACUCAUCUUCACCAAAGGCAAGUCUCCUACAGUCGUGUGCAGUUUAUGCAAACGAGAAGGCCAUCUCAAGAAGGACUGUCCCGAAGACUUCAAAAGAAUUCAGCUGGAACCUCUGCCGCCACUGACACCCAAAUUUUCAAAUAUCUUAGAUCAAGUUUGCAUCCAGUGUUACAAGGAUUUUUCUCCAACUAUUUUGGAAGAUCAGGCUCGUGAACAUAUUCGGCAAAACCUAGAAAGUUUCAUAAGACAGGAGUUUCCAGGAACUAAAUUGAGCUUGUUUGGCUCCUCCAAAAAUGGAUUUGGGUUCAAACAGAGUGACCUUGACGUCUGCAUGACAAUUAACGGGCUGGAAACCGCGGAGGGGUUGGACUGUGUAAGAACUAUUGAAGAAUUGGCAAGAGUCCUCAAAAAACAUUCAGGUCUUAGAAACAUCUUGCCUAUUACAACAGCAAAGGUGCCAAUUGUAAAGUUCUUCCAUUUGAGAAGUGGUCUGGAGGUGGACAUCAGCUUGUAUAACACACUGGCCCUUCAUAACACGAGGCUCUUAUCUGCUUAUUCAGCCAUUGAUCCCAGAGUGAAAUAUUUAUGCUAUACCAUGAAAGUGUUUACAAAGAUGUGUGAUAUUGGUGAUGCUUCUAGAGGCAGCUUAUCGUCAUACGCAUACACGCUUAUGGUGCUAUAUUUUCUCCAGCAGAGGAAUCCACCAGUCAUUCCUGUCCUUCAAGAGAUAUACAAAGGUGAAAAGAAACCUGAAAUAUUUGUUGAUGGCUGGAAUAUUUAUUUUUUUGAUCAAAUAGAUGAACUGCCCACCUAUUGGCCAGAAUAUGGGAAAAAUACAGAAUCUGUUGGGCAGCUAUGGUUGGGACUUCUUCGAUUCUACACAGAAGAAUUUGAUUUUAAAGAACAUGUUAUUAGCAUCAGGAGAAAAAGUCUGCUUACAACUUUUAAGAAACAGUGGACCUCAAAAUACAUUGUAAUUGAAGAUCCCUUUGAUUUGAAUCACAAUCUUGGAGCUGGAUUAUCGAGGAAAAUGACAAAUUUUAUAAUGAAAGCAUUUAUUAAUGGUAGAAGAGUGUUUGGUAUUCCAGUCAAAGGAUUUCCGAAGGACUACCCGUCAAAAAUGGAAUACUUUUUUGAUCCAGAAGUGCUAACUGAAGGAGAGCUGGCACCAAAUGAUAGAUGUUGCCGAAUUUGUGGGAAAAUUGGACACUUCAUGAAGGAUUGUCCUAUGAGGAGAAAAGUGAGGCGGCGGCGUGAUCAGGAAGAUACCCUGAACCAAAGAUACCCUGAGAACAAAGAGAAGAGGAGCAAAGAGGACAAAGACAUUCAGAACAAGCACACAGAGAGGGACGUGUUGACAAAAGAAGAGAAGCCCGUGCAGUGCACGCCUCAGAAAGCCAAGCCAGUGAGGACAGCUGUCGACCUGGGCAGAGAGAAAAUCCUCAGGCCACCAGUGGAAAAAUGGAAGAGGCAGGAUGACAAAGACUUACGAGAAAAACGUUGUUUUAUUUGUGGAAGAGAAGGGCACAUUAAAAAGGAAUGCCCGCAAUUUAAAGGCUCUCCAGGUAGCCUUUCCAGUAAAUAUAUGACUCAGGGAAAAGCCUCAGCGAAGAGGACCCAGCAGGAAUCAUGAGGGAAGGAAAAUGCAGCACUCUAAAUGGCCACUCAGGCGGUCCCAUUCUCUUUGAAAUUAGGUUCAUUUCACAGGACACAGCAGUGUAGAUCAGGCUUCUACUUAACACUCUAGGGAAAUGUCAGAUUUUCUUUUUAACUUAAUGAAAUUGUUAAUGAAAAAAAAUUAAUAGUCUUAACCUAUGACAAAUCCCCAUAGAUAUAAGGAUUUUAAGAGAAAGCCAUGACGUAUGUAUUUAAGCCAGGUUUUAUUUUUUUUUUUUUAAGCCAGGUUUAAAAAAAAAAAAAAAAGCAUAAUUGUGGGCCAGUAUUCAGUGAAUACAAUUUCAUGGUUUUUAAUUCUUUCAGAGCACACUAAAACUGGUGUGCUGAUAAACCCCUAGUAAAUUACCCCUUUUUUUCCAUCUAUAAAUCCCUUUUUUGUUUUGAAGAGGGGAGAUUAUAUUUAUUGUUGUUUACUGAAUCCUUGUGUGAAAGCAUAUCAAAUAUGUGUGAACCGCUACUACUGUAUUUACUACGAUUUACAAGCCGAUUUCAUUGAUAUUUGUAGAAGUGAUGACGCGAACACGAGUACAUAUUUGUGUGAGCCUUCCGGGGUAUGCAGCGCCACUGAGGGGCUUUGGUUUUUCUCCCCCUCUCUAAUUUUAAGUUGACAUAAAAUUACUAUGCUCCUACAAAUGAAGUAAGGGAAACGAAUAGUCCUGUUUGCUGCUAAAAACAUUUUCAAAGGAAAAACGACAAAAUAUAGAAGUGCUUUUUACUUUUUAUGAUACUCCGAAAUUAGGGUGGAGAACUUUUAAAACUCCCUGAAGAUGAAAGGGCCAUCUCUGCCAAUCACAAGUUUGGUUGGUGUCAUUUUGGGGUCUGACUGGAGCCCUCCUGGAACUGUUUCUCUAACUCCACAAGCCCUUCCAGAAGUAGUACGUGGCCAGAACUAUGCCUCGGUUUAUUUAUCAUUUUGAAAUAAAAUCAGAAUUUCAACCUGUAA